ACACGAAGAAGAUGGGAAAUUGGGUCCUCACAGGGAUAAAGCCCAGCUACCAGCUGCUCUACCCUCAUCAUCAUCAUCAUUGCACAUGAAGAAAGCAAAUUACCAAUGGCCAAGGGCGCCCGAUCAAUCCUCCUCAUGCACGGUCCCGAAUGCAAUAAGUGGCGAGCCCGGCUCUCGGUGCCAAGAAGGCCCAAUUCUCGAAGCGCUGUAACAUGGACUUGAGAUCCAUCAAUGGCGGUCAGAACAUGGUUUCAGUAUAAUUCGAAUCUUAAUUUAAUGCUCUUCUGUUCAUGUUACGUAAUCUAUUUACAUUAUUUCGUUGAUGAGCGUUAGGAGCUCGUUUGGUUUUCGUUUGAACGGAAGAUUUUUGACGAGAAAAAGGAGCGGUUGAAAGAAGAAAGGAGGAGGGAAAAGAAUGGGCCCGGAGGGGAGUGAGAAGUCCGUCCGAAUCAUAAUUCUCUGACCGCUGCAAAGAAAAUCAUGCAGAAGGGAGCGACGAUCGAUCCAAUCCAUGGGGGUGGGGGUAAUGAUGGCGGCUCUUGCCUUCAACCAAUGCAUUCAUCAUUGCGGAUCUCUUCCUCAUCUACGCCUCUCCCUUCUUCCGCUUCUUCGCUUUUAUAUUAUAAAUACAUUGCCUUCUCCACCUUCUUCUUCUGUUCAUUCAACUCCACCAAGCAGCCGGCACCGGAGGAAGCAGAAUCAUGCUGCAGACGUCGCCUGUUUGCCGGCCGAAACUCCGGCGACCCAAGGUCAAGGCCCACUUUGAGAGGAGACGAAGGAUGAGGAAGAUGAGGGGAGGGAGGUGGGGGUUGCUGCUGCAACUGAGGAACGUGAGGCUGUUGGUGAGGAAUAGGUGCAUCAUGGAGGAGAACGAGCGGCUGAGGCAGAAGGCUCUCCUCCUCAACCAGCAGAACCAGGCCUUGCUUUCUCUCCUCACCAAUCUUAGAUCCUCUCCAGCCUCCUCUCCCAAGCAGCCACUCUCCUGACUCUCUCUUUGUUUAGCUUAGCUUGUCUUAUUCUAAGGAAGAAUUAUAAUAUUUUACUUUGCAUGUCUUA